AUGGCUCUCCAAUUUAUGAACUGCUUGAAACUGAAUUGCCAAGCGAGAGAAUUCAUUCUACAUUCAGACUGUGCGUAUGCGAUCUUACCUGGUGAAGAAUUUCCUGCAUAUUUCACUCAUCGGGUUGAUGGAAAUUUCCUAACCGUAGGUGGAAGUGAUACUAAAUAUUUCAGCUGUAAGACAAACAUACACUCUAAGACGAAUCAUCUCAUCAUAUUUGGUCUCGAGUUCUCCUUGGAUGGAUUCAGUGAUCCUCCAGCUGGGUUGAACUCUAGCGAUGUGCAGUUUGAGUUUUUUUGCCUUGACCACAAGAAGAAAAUGAUACAGAUAAAAGAAGGCGGUAUACAACUCUUGGAGGAAUCUCCAUCUCUGGAUGAUAUUUGGGAAAGCUUCGAGAGGUCUGGAGAGAACGACGCAGAGGCAAGAAGAAGCAGGAAGCAAAUGCAUAAUUUAAAGAACAGCUCAAGAACCUCCGGGUUAGAAUACCCUUUUCAAGAUUUGGUUCGGUCUAGGAGGCGUUUCUAGUUCGAUCCAGCUGCAGAACAAAGAGAUAUAAAGAAUGAAAGCAAGAAAAUCAUUACGAUGAUGAUGAUAGAAGAGGUAGGAAAUUGAAAAUGACGAUGCUGUAUUGGGGGAAACUGUUCAAUAUGCUGAAGCUUGUGGGGAGGAUUGAGCUAAAGUAAAUGACGAUUAUGUUUUCUGUCAUACAAUAGUACUCAUGUUGAAUUCUCAAGUUGAACCAUAUGAGAAGAUUACGCUAUUGCAUGACAGAUCAGAGACUGUCAUGGAUCUAUGUGCUGUAUUUCUGCUUAGGCAAGACAUUAGAAGAAUAUUGCUACUAUUGCUUUGGUCCGUUUUAGAUUGCGAACUUUGUUAACUUUUUGAUCUCGUUUUGUUUCCGUGG